UUCGAUUUGAUUUUGGAUUCAAGGCCCUUUCUAUUAAGUUCUUUUUCUCCAGUUCGUUUUUUUCAGGUCACCAAGUGUUCGACGAUAUUACUCAACGAACAAAACUAGAAGCUGAUCAUCUUACUUUCUUGAUCGGAUUACCAACUGUCUUCGAUAUUUGUUUUAAAGCUAUCCGUUUAGCGGAAAUAGAUAACGUUAUCGCCGCUAUUUUCCGUUACACCGCCUAUUGAGAUCUUUAUAGCGGCGGACGGUGCCGAUAUUGCAAAAUAGCGACCCGCGGCAUCGAUAUUUGAAACACUGCCAAUACGAUGGCAGUUAAAAAGCGGAAAGAGAGAGCCGUUGGCGGUGAAUCCGGAAACAGCAAGAAGUUCAAAAAGUAUUCCAACUCCAAAGGACCGAUGAAGAAAAACAAGAACGAUACGAGAAAGAAGGGGAAAGGUCCUCGCUUGCCUUCUGCGCUACGAACGGAGCUUGAUCGCCUGGACCCUAAAAUAGCUUCCGAUAGCGAUGACGGUAUCGAUUUAGAUGUUGGAAACGAUGUUUAUGAGUAUGAGGAAGAAGUUCCACAAGAAGAGUCCCGGAAGAACCGCCGUUUUGAUCCUGUCGAGAACUAUGAUUACGAGCUACCUGAGGAUUUUGAGGAUGAGAAUGUACCAUCAGAUGACGAAGAUGAUGAUGGCGACUUUGGUGUUGGUGGGAACAAGGGUAGUCGAAAUGAUGAUGUUGAUGCGAGUGAUGGGGACGAAGAGGAAGAUGAUGAAAGGCACUUGAGGAUGUUGCAAGGGGUCACUGGAAUGUCAACUGAUGCCUUUGGAGGCAAGAAGAAGAGGAAUAGUGUGGUUAUAUCCGAGGCACAUCCUGAGUCAGAAGACAACCCUACUCGUGAUGUUCUUGAGGGUGACAGCCACAUUACACUUCAAGAUCUUUUGGAUCCUAUUCAAGGAAAAGCGGGGUAUAGCAAACUUAGAAAAAGAGUGCAACACAUGGACAGAAAGUCUACAUCUGUUCAAGCUCCAUUGCCGAAGGUAGAUAGAGAGAAAUUGGAGAGGAUGGCAGUUUAUGAACAUUCAAAGAAAGAUAUUACUAAGUGGGAGCAUCUGGUCAAAAGGAAUAGAGAAGCUCCUACUGUUUUUUUUGGUGGAGAUGUAGACUUGGGGUUUUCAACUGUAGGGGCAAUAGCUUCUGAAUUUGAGCCUAGAACUGAGUUUGAGAAGAAAAUUGCUUCUUUGGUUUAUGAUGACAAAGUUAUGGAAGCUCACAAAGCAGAUGGUUCCAAACUUCUGGAGUUAAAUAAGAUAUCUGAGGAAGAUUAUAUGAAGCACCGGGAUCAUGUUGCUAAAAUGCGCAGCCUGCUUUUCCGCCAUGAAAUGAAGCAGAAGCGCAUAAAAAAGAUCAAGUCCAAAACCUAUCAUCGUUUAAAGAAUAAAGAUAAACUGAAAGUGGAAUCUGCAGAAAUGCUGAUGGAUCCAGAGGCUGCCAAAGAGCAGGCUAGGAAGCAAGAGUUCAAACGGGCUGAGGAGCGAAUGACUUUGAAGCACAAAAAUAAGUCAAAGUGGGCAAGGCGUAUCUUAGAACGAGGUUUGAAUGCCCAGGACGAAGGCACUCGAGCGGCUAUGGCUGAACAGCUUCACCAACAUGCUCUUUUGACAAGAAAAAUUAACACUGUUAAGGACAGUAGUAGUAGCAGUGAUAGUAGUAGUGACGAUGAUGACGAGGGUUCAAACGAGGAUAGGGCAUCUGAGUUGCUAGAAAAAGCAAAAGAGAAAACGCUGAAAGUAUUAGAAGACGAUGAAGAAUUGCCUAAUUCUGGAGUUCUUUCCUUACCUUUCAUGGUUCGUGGACUGAAGAAAAGAAGGGAAGAAGCGAUUGAAGAAGCUAAGCUUGCUCUUCAAGAGUAUGAGCAAUUGGAGGGUACAAAUGAUGCAGAAAAUUCAAAACCAGCCACUGCAAGUGGUAGAAGGGUCUUUGGCAGGGCAAAUAAUGAAGUUCCAGAUUCUAACAAGAAGACCAAAACUGAUAAUAAGAUGAAAAUGGAUAAUUAUUAUGGUAAUAGUGAUAGUGAAGGCGAUUUGGAAGCCAAAGCGAAUGUUAACAUUGAGGGCGGCAAAAGAAAUGAUGUUGAGAAGGAUGUUGGCCCUAAUUAUGAUCGUAAAGAAGCAGCUGAUGUUUCCAUAUUCAAGAAUUUUGAUGACAAUGGAGACCCCGGUUCAAAAACAACAUAUGAAGUUGCUAUUUUUGCUUCUGACUCGUGGAGAAAGAUGAAAAGUGAGAAUGGAGUUGAUAAAAAUGCGAAAAAGUUGCAACAAGUGAAGGAAGCUAUUGUGCAUAAUAAAGACAUGGAGGAGGGAGAAGAGGAUAGUGAUUCGGAGAGCGAACAAAUGGUGGAUGGGAUUUUGUCCUCAGCCCCCAAGGAAUCAUAUGAACUCCCUUCUCAGUCAGAACUCAUUCGACAUGCUUUUGCUGGGGACGAUGUGGAAGAAGAAUUUGAAAAGGAUAAACAGGAAAUCCUGAAUGAGGAAAACCCUGAACCGGAUAAACCUGUUUUGCUCCCCGGUUGGGGCCAAUGGACUCAUGUACAGCAAAAAAAAGGUUUGCCUUGGUGGAUGCUUAAGGAACACGAAGACGCUAAGCGAAAGAGGGAAGAAAGUCUUAAGAAAAGGAAGGAUGCACAGCUCAAGCAUGUCAUUAUCUCCGAAAAGGUGGAUAAAAAAGCUGAGAAAUUGCAGACAAAAUCUUUGCCCUACCCGUUCACAUCCAAGGAACUUUUUGAACAAAGUAUGCGAAUGCCUAUUGGAUCAGAAUCUAACCCGGAGACAGCAAUCAGAAGUCUUAAUCGACCAGAAGUAGUGAAGAAACCUGGGGUAAUUAUAAAACCAAUAAAGUUUGUGGAGAUGCAUCAUCACGAAAAAUCCGAGGAUAACAAACGGAGUGGGCAGAAACAGAAGAAAAAUAAAAGCAAAGGUGCCAGUGGCAAGAACAAGAAACAGAGCAACUAAAUCUCAUAAAUUUUGGCUGUACCAUCUUGUUAAGUGGUGUAAGGAAGCAAAACAAACUGCUUUUCCAGGCAAAGGUAAUGGAGAAAGGCAGUAACAGUUUUAAUAUUGUCUAUUGCUGUUGCGAGGUGAGCCGGCAAACGUUCCUACACUUUUGGAGGCAAUUUUACGAUGCGAGUUUAUAUUUAUGUAAGUUAUAUUUUGCUAUUAGUUUAUUCAAUUUGAUCUUAGUUUUUGUAUUCUAAAAUUUUGAAAUAUCAAUUUUGAUUCAAAUAAUAGUCAAGCUUUGUGGAUUUAA